AUGGUGUUGUUCCAGUCAAUAAAUAGACUAGCAGACCCGAACACGGGGGCCGGUCUCACAGGAAGCAGACGCAGACGAAUAUUUGUUCCACCAUCAACGAAGCGUCCAUUGUUCAGUUAUGGAGAAGGAGAAGAUCAACGAUCGUUUUUAUCAUUGAUUGAAAAUGGGUCGGAGUUUGAAUCGGAGCUGGAUUUUGAUGAUGCCGCUAGUGUCAGUACUUCAAGGUCACUACCGGACUCUUUGAGUAGCGCACAGGCCACUGAAGAUCAGGAGCUGUUUCAUUCAUGGCUAAUCGAAGAACACCAUCGACGUAUGUCGGCCGCCACUUCCGAAGAGGAUGAUUUAGAGCACGAUCAUAUAUUUGGAGAAAACAUUUAUGGAUCAGGAAGGAGGCGAACAAGCUUGAAAUCUUCAAAGAGCUAUAACUUGGAUAAUUUCAUGAAUUUGAAAACAAACUACGUCAUUGAAGCCAAAGUGUUGAUUCGUCAUGCCUUGCCUUUAAUUGUUACAUUUAUACUAGAACAUCUUUUCUCAAUUGUUUGUUUGAUAGUGGUGGGGAAGUUGGGGACAAAGGAGUUAGCAGCCGUCAGUUUAGCCACCAUGACGUCAACAAUUACAUUUGGGAUUUUUGAAGGAACAGCGACUGCAUUGGAUACAUUGUGUUCACAAGCUUAUGGGGCCGGAAAUUACGAACUAAUGAGUAUUUACGUUCAGCGAAGCGUCAUAUUUUCAUGGGUAUUAUUUGUUCCAUGUGGGCUUCUAUGGUGGUUUAGUGCGUCUGUUCUACAAUUCAUCAUUGAUGAUGACGCCGUCGUCCAACUUACAUCUCAGUUCUUAAGGGUAUUGAUCGUGGGUGCUCCAGGAUAUAUCAUAUUUGAAAAUGGGAAAAGGUUUUUACAAGCACAAGGUAUAUUUGAAGCAGGAACAGGGAUCUUAUUCAUCAGUGCCCCAAUCAAUAUUUGCUUAUCUUGGUUCUUGGUGUGGAACAAAUCUUAUGGAUUGGGGUAUGUUGGUGCACCUAUAGCGACUGCUCUCAACUUCUGGUUCAUGUCAUUCUUGCUUGUGUUGUACGUUAGAUAUAUCGAUGGAAAGAAGUGCUGGUAUGGACUCGCCAAAGUUUCGGAACUAUUGACAGGUUGGGGCCAGUUUGCCCACUUGGCAUUACCAGGAGUUGUUAUGAUUGAGUCAGAGUAUUUGGCAUACGAAAUAAUGACUCUUUUUGCAUCAUAUUUCGGUACCAAGCCUUUAGCAGCUCAAAGUGCCGUUUCAAGUAUAGCAUCGUUAUCCUAUAUGAUCCCAUUUGCAGUAAGUAUUGCAGCCUCAACUCGUAUAGCGCAUUUCAUUGGUGGUCAGAAUAUGGAAGGGGCGAUCAUCGCCACUAGAGUUGCUAUGCUCGGUGCAUUCGUCGUGGCUAGUGCCAAUUGUUUGAUAUUCCUCACAUUUAAAACGCAAUUGGCGCUGAUAUUUACAAACGAUGAAGAAGUCAUAAGUUUAAUAGAGAAUUUACUUGAUCCUUUGGUUGCUCUUUUGCAAGUAUUUGAUGGGGUAGCUUGUGUUAAUAGUGGAAUUUUAAGAGCACAAGGAUUACAGAAAAUUGGAGGUGUGAUAAACUUGAUAGCUUAUUAUGCAUUCGCAUUACCAUUAGCUUUAAUAUUGAGUAAAAAUUUGGGGUAUGGUCUUUUUGGAUUAUGGUUUGGAAUUGGUAGUGGUAUGAUCGUUAUUUCAUUAAGUGAAACGUGUGUCAUAUUGUUUAGCGAUUGGGACCAGAUUUUGAUGCAAGCCGGACUUCUUAAUGAUUCCGAUGAAGAGGACGACGAUGAAUCUGUUUGA